AUGGAUGCAUUGGCUGGCAUGGAUGCAUUGGCUGGCAUGGAUGCAUUGGCUGGCAUGGAUGCAUUGGCUGGCAUGGAUGCAUUGGCUGGCAUGGAUGCAUUGGCUGGCAUGGAUGCAUUGGCUGGCAUGGAUGCAUUGGCUGGCAUGGAUGCAUUGGCUGGCAUGGAUGCAUUGGCUGGCAUGGAUGCAUUGGCUGGCAUGGAUGCAUUGGCUGGCAUGGAUGCAUUGGCUGGCAUGGAUGCAUUGGCUGGCAUGGAUGCAUUGGCUGGCAUGGAUGCAUUGGCUGGCAUGGAUGCAUUGGCUGGCAUGGAUGCAUUGGCUGGCAUGGAUGCAUUGGCUGGCAUGGAUGCAUUGGCUGGCAUGGAUGCAUUGGCUGGCAUGGAUGCAUUGGCUGGCAUGGAUGCAUUGGCUGGCAUGGAUGCAUUGGCUGGCAUGGAUGCAUUGGCUGGCAUGGAUGCAUUGGCUGGCAUGGAUGCAUUGGCUGGCAUGGAUGCAUUGGCUGGCAUGGAUGCAUUGGCUGGCAUGGAUGCAUUGGCUGGCAUGGAUGCAUUGGCUGGCAUGGAUGCAUUGGCUGGCAUGGAUGCAUUGGCUGGCAUGGAUGCAUUGGCUGGCAUGGAUGCAUUGGCUGGCAUGGAUGCAUUGGCUGGCACGGAUGCAUUGGCUGGCACGGAUGCAUUGGCUGGCAUGGAUGCAUUGGCUGGCAUGGAUGCAUUGGCUGGCACACCAAUAUACCACAGUCGUAGCCGUUUGUCUGACGCGGCGGCAUCUGCCACGCUUGCACGGAAUGCAUCCGCCACGCUUGCACGGAAUGCAUCCGCCACGCUUGCACGGAAUGCAUCCGCCACGCUUGCACGGAAUGCAUCCGCCACGCUUGCACGGAAUGCAUCCGCCACGCUUGCACGGAAUGCAUCCGCCACGCUUGCACGGAAUGCAUCCGCCACGCUUGCACGGAAUGCAUCCGCCACGCUUGCACGGAAUGCAUCCGCCACGCUUGCACGGAAUGCAUCCGCCACGCUUGCACGGAAUGCAUCCGCCACGCUUGCACGGAAUGCAUCCGCCACGCUUGCACGGAAUGCAUCCGCCACGCUUGCACGGAAUGCAUCCGCCACGCUUGCACGGAAUGCAUCCGCCACGCUUGCACGGAAUGCAUCCGCCACGCUUGCACGGAAUGCAUCCGCCACGCUUGCACGGAAUGCAUCCGCCACGCUUGCACGGAAUGCAUCCGCCACGCUUGCACGGAAUGCAUCCGCCACGCUUGCACGGAAUGCAUCCGCCACGCUUGCACGGAAUGCAUCCGCCACGCUUGCACGGAAUGCAUCCGCCACGCUUGCACGGAAUGCAUCCGCCACGCUUGCACGGAAUGCAUCCGCCACGCUUGCACGGAAUGCAUCCGCCACGCUUGCAACACAUGAGACCGAAUGCAGCCCCACCACUGUUGCUGCUGCUGCUGCUGCUGCUGCUGUUAUACCCCUUCGACCCCUUCAACUCUUCGCCCAACCAACACCCCCUCCAUCUCACCUUCUUCAGCCCGUGGUGUUUGUUCUCAAGACACUCUGCCAGUCCUAA